AUGCUCAGGUGGCACCGUGCGAACUGCCGUCGUCCUGAUAUCAGCAUUGCGGGAGGGAUCGUGUACUGUGGCCAAUGCGAACAAGACUCUUCACGAUGCCUCUGGGAUGAAGCAGCACUGUCAAAUCUCGAGGGCACGUCCCACCAAUCGCCAAACACCCCUUUAUCAUGGCCUUCUUCAGUCCAUUAUACUAGCACAACUGCAGAUGAAAACGAGGACUGGCACAAGCAAUCGGAGGAGGAAAACCUAGAGCAACAAUGCUCAAUCGAGACAACAGCAAGUGCAGGAGCCGAGAUACUCAGCAAAAGAGGCUAUACGCCUGUGGUUGGAGCUGGACAGAUCCGACUGCUACACCUUGACCAAAGAUGCAGAGGCGGCGGAGUUCUGCACGGAUGGUUACGAGAUGCGCAUGUUGGUGACGCAGAUUAUGAGGCGUUGUCGUAUACAUGGGCAAGUGAGAACGGCGACGAUAGGCGCUGCACCCAACUAUUCCUUGGGGAAUGGUGGGAUCUACUUAUGAUCACAAAGAACUGCGAUGAUGCGCUGCGUGCAUUAAGAAAUGAUCGCGAGAGGCGACGCCGCUUCGACGAAGACAUAAGUACAGAAACAAUAUACCUCAUCUGGGUAGAUGCAGUGUGUAUCGACCAGAGCAACAUGCAGGAAAGGACUCACCAAGUCGCGAUGAUGCGAGACAUCUUCGCCGGCGCGAGUCAUGUCAAUGUAUACCUUGGCAAAACUCAAGGGAUGAGCCCAUCUGCUGCCUCUAUCUUGAGCACGAUGGGGUUGUCGACCGUAUUGGAAACGCUUCGUGAUCAGAGCCUGCCUGACCAUGAAGCUCUGAAAGCAGUGUUCUGCGACUUGGUUGACCGCCGGUAUUUUACCCGGAUCUGGGUCGUACAGGAAGUUCUGGCUGCUCGUCAGUUGCGAGUCCACUGCGGAGAGAGCACUUUUGACUUCAACGUCUUUUGGAAUGACAUGGUCAGAACCCUUCCCGAUAAUAUCAACCCCAAAUGGACAAAUUGGGCAUUCCGGCCACCUCCACGUACUGCUGAAGAUCUGUUUGACCUACUCCUUGACACAUCUUCAUGCUCGUCAUCCGACCGCCGAGACAGAAUCUUCGCAUUGCUUGGGCUAUACCAAAGAAGUGUGGAAGACGGCCUGGAGCCUAUCUAUACUCUCAGUGUGAGGGAUAUAUAUACUGGAGUUGCGGCAUACUUCCUGACACAAAGGAGCAGCAUCGAUGUGCUGUCUAUUGCAGAAGGCAUUUCGGACACCUUGCCAUCAUGGGUUCCAGAUUGGUCCAAGCCACGCCAUCUGAAGAUCGUAAAUUGCGAAGACAUAGCUCGGCGGAUGGCACAACAUUACAAUGAAGCCGGUAGCCUACCACUGCUUGCUUCGUGGCCAGAUGAUACCCUGGAGGAUAAACAUGUGAAACUCGGAAUUUCUGAUAAUGGAGCUCUUUCAAUCGAUGCAAUUAUUGUACUGCUCUUGGAUGCUGAAUCGCAGUGGCACACGGCGUCGACACUGAAUUAUAGAGAGGUCAUCAUCCCCAGGGAUAACUUCACCUUAGAGCUAACCACACAGAACCCAGUUAACUUAGAUGAUUGUAUUGCCCUGAUAUGGGGUUCUGAAAUGUUCCAACAUCUGCGACCACAAGAAGAGAGCAAGUUGUACAAGCUUGUUGGGCCAUGUGAAGUUGACAUCAAGACCUAUGGUCAUCACAACGAUAUUAUGAGGCGGGCAUGCAGAUCCAUGCGAAUAAACAAGUCACAAUAUGCUUUCACGGAGUACGGACUUCCCGUGAAAGUUUUGGUCGCGUCUACUCCGAACGAUUUCAACCAUCAUUACGAGAUUUUUGAGUCAAUAGCAUCACGGCAUCUCCCACGACAGCCCGGUAUAGACCCUUGGGUUCAAUAUUCUCACGAGUUUGUGGCCACGGUUUCUUCACGUCACUCGCUCGGUUGGACAAGGAGGUUAGAGCAAUUAAAGAUUGACGAGAGACUUGGCGGCAUGAUCACACUCUCUCUGGAGGAAAUACACAGCCUCUCCUCUGACCAAUUUGUCUCCUCUGACCAAUUUGAGACCGAUUGGAUUAAAUUUCUUGUCGCCCCUGCUCGGAAUGGGUUAUCUCUGAGCGAAAGUUCGGCCAUAUCUCUGGGCCAGCAUGAGAACACGCCCAAGUUACCUGAUUACAAGGUCAAUGACCUAUCAGCCAAUGUAAUUGCACUCCAGACUAUUUGGAAGGACUUGGCUCCCAAAAUCAUGCUCCAUGUGGGCAACGCUAGUUUGGACUGGGUACAGUGGUAUCAGCUGCGAAAGGACCAAAUGGGCCGUGAUACCAGUGAACGAGUACACCCUGACCUUCUAAAUAUAUGGGUUUCGAUAAUGACCGAGAUCACGGCGAAUUACGAGGAACCACAAUCGGGACUCUUUGAGUCAUUUCAGUGUCUUGAGUGGGUGAUUGAAUCAGUCUCUUUCUAUCUCCUUUUAGUGGAGUGUUCAGCCAAGGACAAAUUCCUCGCUGGCCUGGAGGAACUCAAACAGUUUCCAUUCAAGCUGCCGCGGUCACAAAAAAUCACAAUUAUAUAG